AUGGCAACCCCCUGCGGAGACCCGGCCACCCGUUCCACCGCCCUCAGGACCGCAAGCGAGCCUCUCCCACUUUCGCCUUGGAGAGAGGCUCGGCCGGCUCCUGUCCGGGAGGAGGUGCUGGAUUGCGACAAUAGGUCUAGUGUUGAACUUCAUGAAAGAGGAAAGAAUCAUAAGGAAAAUGUGGCAAAGAGGAUCAGUGAGAUUAAACCGAAGAGGCUGGAUAGGGCAAAGGAAGAAGAGAAGGCAUCAAAGGAGUUUGCUGCAAUGGAGGCAGCUGCCCUGAAAGAAUACCAAAAGGAUUUGAAAAGCCUUGGCUUAGAGUCAGAAACUUCAGAGCCAAGCAUAUCACCAGUAACCAGCACUAUCCCACCCGCCUCUGCAUCAAAUCAGCAAAAAAAAAAGAAAAAAAAAGACCCUUCAAAGAGCAGAUGGGUAGAAGGCAUAACCUCUGAGGGUUACCAUUACCAUUAUGAUCUUAUCACAGGAGCAUCUCAGUGGGAGAAACCUGAAGGAUUUCAAGGAAACUUUAAAAAGACGGCAGUGAGGACUGUUUGGGUAGAAGGUUUAAGUGAAGAUGGUUAUACCUAUUAUUAUAAUACAGAAACAGGGGAAUCCAGAUGGGGAAAACCUGAUGAUUUCAUUCCACACUCUGGCGAUCUGCAUUCUAGUAAAGUCAAUGAAAAGUCACUUGGUACCCAAGAAGAGUCCAAAUCAUCAGAUUCACGUUGUGAUUCUGAUGUGGAACACCAAGCAGAAAAAAGGGGGGGGGGGAAUGGGACUUCCCUGGUGGCGCGGUGGUUAAGAAUCCGCCUGCUAAUGCAGGGGACACAGGUUCGAGUCCUGGUCCAGGAAGAUCCCACAUGCUGCGUAGCAACCAAGCCCGUGCGCCACAACUACUGAGCCUGCACUCUAGAGCCCGCGAACCACAACUACUGAGCCCGCGUGCCGCAACUACUGAAGCCCGCGCGCCUAGAGCCCGUGCUCUGCAACAAGAGAAGCCACCGCAAUGAGAAGCCCGCGCACAGCAACGAAGAGCAGACCCCGCUCGCCGCAACUAGAGAAAGCCGCGCGCAGCAACGAAGACCCAUCGCAGCCAAAAAUAAAUAAAUAAAAGAAAAAGGAGGGGGGGAAGGAGAGGUCUCUACAGAAAUGCAAAAGCUAAAAGUAAAGUUUAAAGAAAAAAAAAUAGUGAUAAAGGAACUGAAUCGGAAACACAGAAAGAAAAAAAUGCCCAAGGGUAUUCAUCAGGUCCAAAUGAAGAAAAAUCCAAAGCUCAUAAAAAAUCAGACCCAUAUGGAGGGACUUCGCUGGUAGUUCAGUGGUUAAGACUCUGUGCUCCCAAUGUAGGGGUCCAGGUUCUAUCCCAGGGAACUAGAUCCCCUAUGCCAAAACUAAGACCUGGCAUAGCCAAAAUAAAAGUAAUAAUAAUAAAGAAAACUCCUCUGUGUUUGUUUUACAUUACUUAAUGCUAAAAUUUUAGACUUAUUCUAAAUGUA